UGUAACAGCUGUAAAAAUGAAAAAUAACCUAAAAACUGAAAAAUAAUUUCUCGAAAAAUAAAAAUGUUUCGUAUUUGCCAACAAAAUAUAUUUGUAAAUAACAAAUCAAUAUUCAAAAAUGCAUUGUUUAAAGAUUUCGCUACACAAAAUUCUAAAAUAAUCAGAGUUUGUCAGAAAAGUUUAGCAAGACACUAUUCUAGCAAAGAAAAGCAGGAAAAUAAAUUAGAAAGGAUAUAUUAUGGGCCUUUAACUCCUCAAAUAAGAGCUGUUAAGAUAUUUUCCGUGAGCUCCAGUGCUGCGGGGUUGGCAGCGCAACCACUGAUUUUGCAGGAAGCUGCUAACAUAGGCAGUACUUCAUUGAUUAUAGCACUUUGCUCUGUUGUCGGCUUUUUUACGUUUGUAACUCCGAUAUUAUUACACAUUAUAACAAAGAAAUACGUGACGGAAAUCUAUUAUGAUCCUGAAACCUCCACAUACAAAGCUACCACAAUCAAUUUCUUCCUGGCACCUGUCAAAUUGGACUUCAAACCAGAGGAUGUAGUAGUGCCAGACGUUCCUGGAAUGUUCACAACAAUGACUGCCAAAGGCAAACCACUCUUCAUAGAGGCGAGGCAUUUCACAGACCCCAUGUACUAUGCCAAAAUAAUGGGCUACGACAAACCUCUGGACUUCAAACUAGGCGAAGAUAGUAGUGAUAGUAAUAAAGAUAGUUAAGCUUUGUUAUUUAUGAUUUAGUGCUAGUCUUUAAAUAAAUAUAAUAUUUAAG